AUGGGUCGCACAGCCCGCCGCCGCAGCAAACCCAUUUCUGACCGCCCUUCCACUGGCUAUCAGUUUGAAGUCGUCUCACUGACUACAUGGAUGAAGUCUCAUGGAUGGAAGCCUACCUGCCGGUUGGUUCCGGCCAGUUUUGCUGACACUGGACGAGGGCUUAUGGCAGCCCAAAACAUUGACGCAGGACAACCACUUGCCAUUGUACCCGGUUGUUUAGUGAUCACUGUUGACUCUGUGUCUAUGUCACCAUUUGGCAAACACUUUACCACUGUGUACAAGACACAACAAGUAUUAGCCACAUAUCUGAUGUUUGAGCUGCACAAAGGAUCUGAAUCAUUUUGGCAUAACUAUAUUGUCUCAUUGCCCACAAUCCUGUCAAAUUCAGCAUACUGCCCUGCUGAACAUUUACCCGAUGAUCUUUCAAAUAAAGUACAAGACCAUCACAACACAAUAUCAACAACGUUUAAUCAAAUCAUGUACGAAAUGUCUUCCGUUGUUUGUUCACACUGUUCAGACACUUGCAGAAAUAUAUUUACAUUUGAAGUCUAUAAAUGGGCAUGGUCCAUCGUAAAUACUAGAGCCGUUUAUAUGAGUCCAGACUGUAGCUUAAAAAAUAAAAUAAAAUUGUCAGAUGUCAACAAUCUAGCACUUGCACCAUAUAUAGAUAUGUUUAACCACUCUCCUUUAGCUUGUGUUCGGGCCAUGGUCAAUAAUUUGAAUGGUGCAUACACUAUUGUAACUGAAAAAUUAUUUAAAAAACAUUCUGAAGUGUUCAUUAACUAUGGACCACAUUCCAAUACUAAAUUAUUUUUAGAAUAUGGAUUCAUUGUUCCAUCAAAUCCACAAGAUUCUGUUAAUUUGUCAGCUAAUGAAAUCAUUUCAAAAACAGGCAAAGGUUUAAAUAAGAAUCGAAUGGAAAAACUUAGAACUUAUGAUUUAUUAGAAGGUCAUUAUUGUACAUCAGAAGGCUUAUCGUGGUCAACAAAAGUCUUGACAUACCUAUUAAUUUAUUCUGAUCGACUUAAUGAUGAAGAAUUGAAAAACCGGGUGUUUGCAAAUUUAUUUGACCAAAGUGAGGUCGAAGCUGUAUCUAAAAUUGGAACUAUGGUCGUUGAAACAAAGCUGGAAGAAAUAAAACACUGGGAAUCAAAAAUGUUGACCAUAUUAGAAAGUAAUCAGGCUGAGAAGUCAACUGGUUUUGUGGUUGCUACGGAGCUGGCUAUCUCUACUUAUAGCAUACAUCAUAACAAUGCCCUCUGCAAUCGCCAUAAGAAGCUGCUAAUUCCAAACAAACUGGCAACACUUCCAACAUGUUAUCAUAUUGGUGGUGCUCAUGUUAAAGAGAACUUGUCCUUAUUAGAACCCAAUACUAUUACAGGCAAAGAUAUGAUCUUGGGUAUGAUGCAGUACAUUUGGCCAAAGGAUGAUGUGACUAUUCGAAAACGAGUUACAUUGGCCCUCGGAUUAUUGGCUGCUGCCAAAAUGUUGAACGUAUCUGUCCCAUUCAUGCUCAAAUAUGCAAUGGACGAUCUCAACGAAAAACUUGGUUCUACCGGGGAUGCAUUGUUAACUAUGGAUUCGGCACCUGAAACUGUAUUAACUGUUGCGGCGACACUGUUGAUAUCGUAUGGUGUUUGUAGAACUGCUGCUGCUGGUAUGAAUGAACUACGUAAUGCUGUAUUUGCUAGUGUGGCUCAACAAUCCAUAAGAAAAAUUGCCAGAAAUGUUUUCUUGCAUCUUCACAGUUUAGAUCUAAGUUUCCAUUUAUCUAGACAAACUGGUGCAUUAUCUAAGGUAAUAGAUCGUGGAAGCCGGGGAAUAAACUUUGUACUUACUGCUAUGGUAUUUAAUAUUGUACCUACUGUAUUUGAAUUGACACUAGUUAGUACUAUUUUGGGAUUAAAUUGUGGUUAUCAAUUUGCUGCUUUAUCCUUUGGCUGUGUCUCUAUUUAUACAGCUUAUACUUUAUUAAUAACCCAGUGGAGGACAAAAUUCCGAAUUUUUAUGAAUCAAGCCGAAAACGAAGCUGGAAAUAAAGCUAUGGACUCGUUAAUAAAUUAUGAAACUGUUAAGUAUUUCAAUAACGAACUGUACGAAGCCAAUAGAUACGACCGUGUCUUACAAAAAUUUGAGAUGGCUUCGCUUAAGACUAGCUCAAGUCUGGCACUUUUGAAUUUUGGUCAAAAUGCCAUUUUUAGCAUAACAAUGAGCGCAGCGAUGAUAUUAGCCGCAAAACAAAUAGUUGAAGGUAACAUGACAAUUGGUGACCUGGCAAUGGUGAAUGGUCUCCUUUUCCAGCUGGCCAUGCCACUCGGAUUCCUGGGAUCUGUUUACCGUGAAGUACGACAGGCAUUGCUCGACAUGCAGUCCAUGUUUGCGAUAAUGGCAUGUGACCCAUCUGUUAAAAACCGAACGGAUGCCGUCCCGUUGUCUAUCAGUAAAGAAAACGCUUCCAUCGAAUUCCGAAACGUCAACUUUGCAUAUCAGAAUGGCAAACCUAUUUUGAAUGACCUGUCCUUUGUCGUUCCACCCGGAAAGAAAGUCGCAAUCGUUGGAGGUUCCGGUAGUGGUAAAUCCACAAUAAUCAGAUUGCUGUUCAGAUUUUUCGAACCGUCGUCGGGGGAGAUACUCAUCGGUGGCAAGAACAUCAAGGACGUUGAUAUGGAUAGUCUUCGGAAAAGCAUGGCAGUAGUUCCUCAGGAUUCGGUUUUAUUCCACGACACGAUCAUGUAUAACCUCCACUAUGGUGACAUGAGCAAGUCCGAAUCCGAAGUCAUCGAGGCGGCCAAACUUGCGGAACUUCACAACUCUGUGUUAAAGCUACCAAACGGGUAUUCGACGCAAGUGGGUGAACGGGGCCUAAUGAUAUCUGGCGGUGAAAAGCAACGGGUGUCCAUUGCCAGGGCCAUACUUAAGGACAGUCCGAUUCUGAUAUUCGACGAAGCCACAUCGUCUUUGGACUCGAUCACCGAACAGAACAUACUGAAGGCAUUGCGGCGAGCUACUAAGGAUAAAACGAGCGUGUGCAUCGCCCAUCGGCUGUCGACCAUAAAAGAUGCGGACGACAUAUUGAUAUUGCGCAACGGGAAAGUCGCUGAACGCGGCAGUCACCAGUGGCUGAUGGAGAACGCGCGUCGAGUAUUCCGAGAUGUGGAACAUUCAACAAGACACGGCCUCAGCGAAAGGCCAAUAAAAAGUGGCCUCACGUCGAAACAGCGACAGCGAAAUAGUUUUACGGCGAAGUUGCGACGGCGAAAUGGCAACGACGAAACGGCGACGGCGAUUUGUCCGUGUUCGAGUAAAUAG